AAGUUCCCAACAAUGGAUAUACAGUACGUCUACCAGAAGGAGCGCCGUGAGUUUGGCAAACAGUGUCUCUUCUCGGACAAGAAUAAGGUGGAAUUUUCCGAACCGGCCAACCAUGAUCUGUUCCGCGAGUACAUACUACGUGAUCCCGUAUCGGUGGGCACACAGUACAGCCGCCAAAUGGCAAUCAGUGAAGCGAACACGGAGAGUGCGGAAUACGAACAUCACGGUAUCCUGCACUCGGAGGGUGGUUGGCCGAAGGAUGUGAACUAUCUCGAUCCUGAGCAAACCGUACGGUACAGGCGCAAGGUGGAAAAGGAUGAGAGCUACAUCAGCCAGCUAAUGGCACUGACCAAACCGAUGGAGCACUGUAUCUUCCAGAACAAUGCGGUCAACAUCUACGAGAAGUACUUUGACGAUCUUGAGCCGGCGCCGCUGAUCGAGCGCAGUAGCUCGCGUACGCUAAACGUGUACCGGGAUCCGAGUAUCUACAAGCAGCCGGUAACGCACCUGUCCUGGUCACCGGACGGUGGUACCAAGAUUGCCGUUUCACACUGCAACAUGAACUUUGGCGAGGUGCUCGGUAAGGCGGUUUGCUCGUACAUCUGGGAGGUGGAGAACCCGAAUGCUCCGCUGCUUCGCUUUAAGCCAAUCAGUUCGAUGAUCUGUCUGGAGUACAAUCAGAAAGAUCCGACAACGCUGGUGUGCGGCAUGUACAACGGGCAGGUAGCAGCGUGGGACACCCGGAACGAACAGGAACCGGUAAUGAUUAGUGAGCGAGAACACUCGCACCGUGCUCCGGUAAAUUCGGCACUCUGGAUUAACUCGAAGAGCGGUACGGAGUUUUUCUCCGGCUCGUCCGACAGUCAGGUGAUGUGGUGGGAUACUCGUAAGCUGUCGCAACCGAUCGAUAAGCUGCUGAUGGAUCCGAUCAAGGCGGACGAACAGGAUCUGUCCCGUUCGUACGGUGUCAGCUGUCUCGAGUACGAAACGUCCAUACCGACACGGUUCAUGUGUGGCACCGAGCAGGGCAUGCUGUUCUCGUGCAAUCGGAAAGGAAAAUCGCCCCAGGAGAAGAUAGUUUUUCGGAUGCAAUGCCACACGGGACCAAUAUACGCAUUGACACGAAACCCGGCGUUCGUCAAGAACUUCCUCACCAUCGGCGAUUGGAUCGCACGGAUCUGGUCAGAAGAUUGCCGAGAAAGUUCGAUCGUCUGGACGAAAAACCAUGACGUUAUGCUGACGGACGGUGCUUGGAGCCCGACUCGAUAUUCGCUGUUCUUCGUCAGCCGUGUGGAUGGUGUGCUGGAUGCUUGGGACCUGUUGCAGCAGCACAGUGAACCGACGCUCAGCAUCAAGGUGUGCGAUGAGAGCCUCAAGUGUUUGCGGGCACACGAAUCGGGCCGGCUGGUCGGUACGGGUAGUGUGAAGGGUGCCACGUUUCUGAUCGAAAUGUCGGAAAACAUGACCUCGAUACGGAACGACAAGCCAUUGUUGACGGCGAUGCUUGAGCGAGAAAACCGUCGCGAAAAGAUCCUGGAAGCUAAAUCACGCGAGAUGAAGCUGAAGGUACGCACCCUAAACCGUCAGGACGAACAUACAGAGGACAAACCGAAGCUUUUCCAGUGUCGCUCUGCCUGUGAAGCUGCUGAACAGGAAUAUCUCCAAAUGUUGGAAAAGGAACGAAAAUCACGCCAUCCGGAGGAGUACGAGGAAGAAUAUGAUCCCAAGAAAGUGAGAAAACCCUACAAGCCGGAAAACUACGAAUCGGACGGUGAAAACGAGUGA